UGGCCGUUUCUGCACCAUCAGUCGAUCAAUAGAGAGCAGCAGGAGAAGAGUAGUAGCCAGAUUUAGUAGUGGAAGUGUUUACUGCUUAUCGAGCAUGGCAUUGAAGAGACACAACUUGCUCAUCCUUCUCUCUGCCCUGUUGCUAUGCUUCUCCCUCGUCCUUGCACGAGUUUAUGAUGAGAAACUAAAAAAGGAGCUAGAUGGUAGCAACGUCGGCGGCGCCGGGGGACGCGCUGUAGACCAGACUCAAUCUGAGUCGGGUGGUGCUGACUUCUUAUUGAAGAAGAAACACUGCAUGCACUGCAAGCUGUUCAUGAAGCACUGCUGCGGCUACUUCUGCUGCUCUGCAGAGGAGUACGCGCGGUACAUGAAGGGCGAAGCAGUACUCCCCCACAACUGAAGCUUGAUCCCUGGAACUUGAAGCUUCCGGACUCGAUCUGCUUCUGACUCUCUAGUGAUUUAAUGCAUGAAAUAAAAACUUAGUGCUAGAUGUUAUGUUGUUAUUUUGUUUGCAGAAAGUUGUUCCCCUGUUUGUUUGCUGUCCUGUGCUUGCCGUCGACCUAAUAAAAGCGUUGUUCCUUGGAUCA